UCCGGAACUGUCAUGCAUCCAAUGCGGUAAAUAAAAAUAUUUCAAUUAAAAAUUCUCGUAACGACUUCCAAUAAAAUGAAUAGAAAAACGUAAUGAACCGAUAAUGGGAAAAUCCAAGAAUCGUGAAUGUAACCUGAAAAAAUGGAGCUCAACCCGAAAAUCGGCACCCGGUCAUCGGGAGCCCGCGUCCAGGACGAUAUUCUCGACGAAAGUCGAAACAUGGAGGUCCCACGGUGAGGAGGUGUACUGUCCCAUUUGCAAGAAGCCAGUAGUUCCGGUUGUAUUGGAAAAACGUAGGAGAGUCACGAGCUCGGGUUUCGCUGCCAUUUGUCUCCUCGGGUGCUGGCCAUUGUGUGCUGGCCUGUUUCCAUUGAAGGCUGAUAGUAGUACCCUGGAGAUGCGGUGCCCUGUCUGUAGCUAUCAGUAUCGUUCCCUCCAUCGUGUCAAGGAGAUCUCACCGUCAAAGGCCUCAUCAACAUCGACACUACCAAAUACCAGAGACUCACACCAUUCCCUGAAUACACAAAUGAAAACUCAUCCUCAGAGAGGCGAUGAGGUAAUGGAGAGAAUGGAGUUGGAAAUUGACGGGGAAAAAAAUAAAAUGGGUAGUGCAUCGGUUCGAACCCAUCACGCAAUCGAUAGAAUCGGUAGAAUUGAUCUCGUUCAGCCAUCUGAUGGAUGUGAAUGUCUCGAAUCGACAGACAUCAGUGGAAAAGUAUCGUCCUAUCGACUGGUGGAGCAGUUCGAGUACUACAGACAUCAGCAUAAUUCAUUUCAAUCCCCAGAGUGUGGAUUUUAUCAUCACCGGUGCAAUCAACGAUCCUGUCCUCAUGACACAAAAUUUCCAAUGCCCCUGAGUCACGAGGAAUCGGCAUUUCACGCGAUCGAACAUACUGGCUAUCACGACAGCGGAUUGAGGCGGAUAAACUCCCUCGUCUUUGACAGUAAAAAUAGACGAGAGUUCACGAGUAAUGAGGAUCGAGGAUAUAAUCACAUCCAUUGGACAGGCGAUGACUGCAGGAUUUCUCAGCCUGAGAAUACAUGUUGUCAGGGCAGAGUCCGCGGUGGAAAAAAAUAAAAAAUCACGAUAAAAGCUUCAAAUAAUUCAAUAACUCAAUAAAAAAUGCAAAGAAAAUACCAAAAUCAUUACGAGAACUUGCCAAACUUUACUGGAAUUCAAAUAAAAU